UAAUCUCAUGAAACAAAACAAAAUAAUAAUGGAAAGAAUGUUGCAAUACUUGGAUUUGUCUUUUGAGUUGGGACAACAAUUUGGUUUUUCUGUCGUGCUUUUGUAGCGUUAACGUCAAGGCUGCACAAAACCAUUCCUUCCCACAUACAAAAGCACCUUUCGGUUUCUCACAUUACAAUCUUCCUUUCAAAGUUUCAACCUUUUCUGUUUUCCCAUACAUUUUCUUUCUCACCCAGAUAGGUUUCUCUCUGCUUCUUCCCAGUUUUGCUUUUUUUCAGUUUUCUAGAAGAUCAGAGUGAACCUUCAAAUCCCAGUUAGGGUUGUUCUUUCCACUCUCUCAGUUGGAGUUUGUAUAUUAGCUGAAAAAAAUCAUAAUUUGGAGAGACGGGUACGUUUUUGUUUACUGUUUUCAUGCCAUUAAAAUUAUUAGUGUCAAGUUGAUUAUCUCUAAGUUCUUUCCUUUUACAUUGUCUUUGUGGAAGCCCUUGUUCUUGUGUUGUGUAUGCACUUGGUUUAUUAAUUACUAAAAUAAAAAAUAUACCUUUUUUUCUAACUGGCUUUUGAGUCUUGAGUGAACUGAACUUUAAGUAGCAUUGUGGUGUAAGGAUAGUUUAUUACUUAGAUUAGUUUCUAUAUUGUUUUAUUUUGAGUUCAAAAUGGGGAAGAAAAAGAAGGUAGUAGGAGGAGAAACAAAUGAAGAUGGUGUAGGAAAUAGCAUUAGCAUCCCCGUAUCGAAUUACAAUGACACUAUAUCAUUUAUAUCCAUGUCUAAAGAGUUGAAGGAUGAAGGAAAUAAGCUGUUCCAAAAGAGAGACCUAGAAGGAGCUAUACUAAAAUAUCAGAAAGCCCUAAAAUUGCUUCCAAGAAAUCAUAUCGAUGUGUCCUAUCUGCGGAGUAACAUGGCUUCUUGUUAUAUGCAGAUGGGACUCGUCGAGUAUUCAAGGGCAAUUCACGAAUGCGAUUUGGCUCUCGAAGUAAUGCCGAAUUAUAGUAUAGCAAUGUUGAAGAGGGCAAGGUGUUAUGAAGCUUUAAAUAGGCUGGAUUUAGCUUUGAGAGAUGUUGGUACUGUUGUGAAGAUGGAUCCAAAUAAUACAAUGGCAUUGGAGAUCUUAGAAAGGGUGAAAAAUGCACUUGAGGAGAAAGGAUUGAGAGUGAACGAUACGAAAAUUGAGUUACCUCUGGAUUAUGUUGAACCACCUAAUGCUUUGCCUCCGGAAAAGGCAGCGAAAGAGAAGGCACGCAAGAAGAAGAGCAAUAAAGAGGAAGAAAAGCCUGUUAAUAACAAAAUUCUAGAAAAGAAUGCUGAGGAAAAAUUCGAAGAGAUGAUGAAGACUGACGAAACUAUUGUAGUCUUAGAGAAGAAAACUAGCAAAUCCAAAAAGAAGAAGGCAAAGGGAAAAAUUGAUGAGAAUGAGGUUGAUACUAAGGAAAUCAUAGAGGAGAAAAGUAAUGGUAGAAAGAAAGAUGUACCUAAGAAAACAACAAAACUUAUUUUUGGCGAUGACAUAAGAUGCACUAAAUUACCUGUUAAUUGUACCCUCUUGCAGUUACGAGAAGUUAUUUGUGACAAAUUCGCAAGCCUAGGAGCUGUUCUUGUCAAAUACAAAGACCAAGAAGGUGAUUUGGUUACAAUCACUUGUGAUGAUGAGUUAAAAUGGGCUGAAAUGGGAUCUCACGGUUCUAUCCGACUGUACAUAGUAGAAGCUACUCCUCAGAUGGAUCCAUUAUUCGAGAAACAUAAAGCAAAUGAGGGGGGAAUUUGUGUCAACAGUGCAUUUGAGAAUGGUUGUGUGAGAAAAGUAAGGGAAAUUAAUAUCUCAUCUUGCAUUGAGGAUUGGAUUAUUCACUUUGCUGAACUUUUCAAGAACCAUGUUCGGUUUGAAUCUGACAAAUAUUUAGAUUUUCAUGAACUUGGGGUGAAGCUCUCUAAUGAGGCUUUGGAUGAGACAGUUACAAGUGAAGAAGCACAAGGCCUAUUUGACAUGGCAGGAGAUAAGUUUCAAGAGAUGGCUGCUCUAGCACUGUUUAACUGGGGAAACGUGCAUAUGUCUAGGGCAAGGAAGAAAGCAUAUUUCACAGAAGAUUCUUCACAGGAGAAUCUACAUGAACAAAUCAUAAGUUCAUUUGAGUGGACACAGAAAGAGUACGUGAAAGCCGGGGAAAAAUAUGAAGCAGCCAUUAACAUGAAGUCAGAUUUUUAUGAAGGCUUCCUUGCACUAGGCCAGCAGCAGUUUGAGCAAGCGAAACUUGCUUGGUAUCAUGCACUCAUUAGUAAUGUAAAUUUAGUUGCAUGGCCUUCCACCGAGGUUUUUCAGCUGUACAACAAGGCUGACGAUAAUAUGAAGAAAGGAAUGCAGAUGUGGGGAAAAUCAGAAGAGCGGCACCGGAAUAAAAACUCUAAUUCAACCAACGUUGGAUUAAAUUUGCAGAAGAUGGAGUUGGAUGAGGUUUUGGAAAAUAUAUCCUCUGAUGAAAUUGCUACACAAGAGGCAAAUAUGAGGUCUCAAAUAAAUCUCCAAUGGGGCUUCAUGUUGUAUGAAAAGUCAAUUACAGAAUUCAAAUUAGGGCUAUCGACAUGGCAUGAAUCGCUGGAAGUUGCAGUUGAGAAGUUUGAACUAGCUGGAGCUUCUCCAACAGAUAUAGCUGUACUGCUGAAGAACCACUGUUCAAACAAUACUGCAGUAGAUGGUGUGGCAUCCAACAUUGAUGAAAUCGUACAGGCAUGGAAUGAGAUGUACAAAGCUAAAAAGUGGCAUGAUGGAGUUCCAUCAUUUCGUUUGGAACCGUUAUUUAGAAGGAGAGUUUCAAGAAUUUAUCGUGCUUUCGAGCUUACAUAGUUGCAACUUUUUCUCCAAGUAUAUGAUGAAUAACAGCAGUAAGAGUCACCUAGGCUGCUUCUGUGCCAGAAAUGCUAUUGUCAUCAGAAGGUUAUUCUUGCUACUUUUAAGGGUUCGGAUUCAACGUUAUACUUAUAAAAAUCAUUUUUUUUCAUUGCGCUGACAUGUUCCAAGAGCACAUGGGUCUGCAAGUUUCUUUGCACAUUGGGAAGAUGGCGUUGCAAGAAUCACUUUUUACUUAGUUUCUGCCGCUGCCCAUGUUACCUUCUCUUGAUUUAUUAGAUUUCUAGUGAUUGGUAGAAUAUUGAAUUUGUAUCAAAGGGAGAGAUUUGUUGUUGUUAGUGUAGAUUUGAAUUUUCUGAUUGGUUGAUGAUGGUGUUUAUUUAAACUAAUUUUACAUUGGAAUCAUGUAUAAGACUAGAAAUCCAAGCUAGGCGUGAGAAUUUGGAGGGUAAAAUUGACAAAUCCAAGCUACAUGAUAAUUAGAGUUGUAUAUGAAAAAACAGAUGUUAUUUCCAA